CACUGCGGGAGGGAGGGGGGGCUGAAGCCUCGGUGCUCUCCGGUAACGGAGACAGAAGACGGAACUGACUCAUGCUUCAGACCUGCAGCUGAAAACCCGACAGGAGCACGGUGAUCAGGACGUAACUGAACUUUUCUUUUUAUUUGGGCUUUUGGACAACAUAUUUGUACGUGAUUGAAAUAAAGUCAUGUAUCUUGUUAAUUCAUAAACACCAGAUGGCGAUGAGCUGAAAUCUUACUCCGAGUGCGUUGGGACGGGACCAGCUUAUUUCCAUCAAUUUUUUGGUCUAUUUCAUAAAAAAAAAAAUAAAAAGAGAGAGAUUGCGGACAACUUCGUUGGCAUUGGUGGAUGAUUUUGCUAUUAUUUUCACCAAACGGAUCCUCUACUUCCUCCCCCAUAUCACCUCUGUUCUAUUUUAUUUUGGAGGGGACACCGAUUUCUUUUACUGAGCAGAAAUCAGCCACCGAGGGGACCAGAAGCAAUCAAAACAACCGAAUCCAGAGCUGCUCGGGACGCAGGAUGCUACUUCAGCUCGGAUAGACAGACGGUCCUCAGCCGCUGCCAGGAUGUUCCGGAGAGGUUAUGGCGGUGUGGAGUUGCUGUUGGUGCUGUGGGGCCUGGAUCUCUCUCUGCCAUGCCCCCGCGACUGCAUCUGCUACACUUCACCUAGCACCGUUUCCUGUCAGGCCCACAACUUCCAUGCGGUGCCCGAGGGCAUCCCGGCUCAGAGUGAGCGUGUCUUCUUGCAGAACAACAAGAUCCAGCGCUUGCUUCGAGGCCACUUCUCACCCACCACCACUAUGUUGUGGCUGUACUCCAACAACAUCUCCUACAUACAACCGUCCACCUUCCACGGCUUUGACCGGCUGGAGGAGCUUGACCUGGGGGACAACAAGCACCUAAAGGCCAUCGCGUCAGACACCUUCCUGGGUUUGGGUCGGCUACAUGCUCUGCACCUGUACCACUGUGGUCUAGUCAGCCUGCCACCAGGGAUCUUUGCACAUCUAAAUAAUCUCCAAUAUCUUUACCUGCAGGACAACCAGUUAGAGUUUCUAGAAGAUGACCUGUUCAUUGACCUGGUGAACCUCAGUCAUCUCUUCCUGCAUGGAAACCGACUGUGGAGCCUUCGCCAGAACACUUUCCGAGGCCUGGGGGUCUUGGAUCGACUCCUUCUCCAUCAGAACGUAAUCCAGUGGGUUGAUCGCCAGGCUUUCCAUGACCUGACACGUCUCACCACCCUCUACCUGUUUAAUAACUCCCUCACUGAGCUGUCUGGGUCCACCCUGAGUCUGCUGCCGGCCCUGGAAUACCUGCGUCUCAACAGCAACCCCUGGGAGUGCGACUGCAAGGCCCUUUCGCUUUGGGACUGGCUACGGAGGUUCAGAGGCUCCACUUCCUCUCUAGUCUGUGUUUCACCACCAGAGCUGUCAGGCAGGGACAUGAAAACGCUGAAGAAGGAGGAGCUACCCAGUUGCUUGUCCAGCAAGGGUCACGGACAUGGCACCUCAGGUGGAGAGAUGGAACACGGGGAGUCUUUAAACCACCUAAAUCGCCACAGGAACCACCACAACCAUCAUCAGAGGCCAUAUCUCCCACACGGAGACCAAUACAGUUUACCCUCACCCUCACCCCUGCCACGGCCACCCAAGGGAAGCCGCAAAAACUGCACCCGUCGGGGUCGCAAGGCAAAAGGGGGGCUCAAUGAGGUGCAGGUUCUCCUGGAAGGGAGUGACAAAGACUAUUCUCCAGAUGGUGGCAAAUAUGGAAUGUCUGCGACUUCAAGGAGGAGAAACAAGUGCAUUCCCAGAACUUCUGUUGGUCCACCAAGCGGGGUCCAGAGGGCUAAUAACAAAGCAGGGUCCCACUCAGCAGGUUUCAUUUCAUGUUUCUCAUCAGCUCUGCUUCUGUCUGUAUAUUUUGUGAUCCUGCGCUGACACAGAAGAUGGACUUGUUUGUGCUCGUGGUGCAACUUUACUGUUCAUUCUCCUGAAACACCCUGUCCCGGCAUUUUAAGGAGGCACAAAUGGAUAACCGAGCGGGGAAACGACUGUCUACUCAGAACUUUUACAGGGAUCCACGCGACAGGCUGACGUCAGGGAGAAAACGAAUCCCAUUGUUUUCAUGAUGUCAGUGAGAAAAACAACAGGGAACCUUUUUUUUUGCCUCUUCGGCGUCAGUCGCCUCACUGAGUUUAUGCACUCAUAAAACUGCACAGCCUCAUGAAAUAAUGAGUUAAUAUUUCAUAAAAAAACAGCGAGAGUUAACCCUCUUGAUUCAGUAACACUCUGCAAGCACAGCCCCGAUCCGUCACUCACACUGAGACAGCUGUCUAUAGCUGUCGGUCUGUUCGCUCAAUAGCACCUUAAGAUCUUGAAACAAAGUACUGCAGACACAAAGCGGCAGUGAAAUAUGUCAUCGUGAAGAGUUUUAGCGAUAAUAGCUGUAAUCACUAUCAAUCUGCUGAAAAAUUGGCUUUACUCCCACGUUCCACUGUGGUUUUAAUGCAAGGCUGUAUCCUUGGCGUCCUAAAAGAAUGCCACUGAAAUUGUGACACAACAAUGUAACUGCCAGUUCUUUAAACCAGUUCUGUUGAACACUACCAUUUAUCCUCGCCUUUGCAUCCCAACCAAAAAGCCAUUCAGAACCAGCCGAUCGCUGUAAAAGCCAACCGGUCGCAUUGAGCGGACAUGAGUGAGUGAAGAUUUCUGUGAAUCUGUUUGUACAAAUGUGGGUGUAACUAAAAAAUAAAAGUGAAAUAGAAACACUAAAGCCAUGUGGGUGGGUUGAAGCAAGACAGCAAGAGUGCCUAAUGGGAGCCAUUUUCCAAUAAAAGCUCAUUUAGGCAGGAGAAUUUUUCAUUCACUUCUCAACCUGCUUGGGAAAUGUCGACUUUGUUUCUGCAGGCUCCGGCCCGACUCACGAAACUUCAGAUUCACUCUAACAGAUAUGCACUUUCCUCUGUAAUCCUGCAGAGGCUAUGUACCAUUCAAACUCAAUCCGAAACAAAGGUUUCAUGAACUGGGAAGUGACUCAGAAGAGGCAAAACAAGCUGAAAAACCACUAAAAGCCUCUCUCUUCCUCUUUUUUUGUGUAUUUUCUGAUCCACAAGAGACGAAUUGUUGAGCCUGAUUGGGGAGUUGGAUUAUAUUGCUGCUAGGUUUAAAGAGAGAAUGGCUCGUGGGGGGUGGGGGGGCAUCCUCAUGAAUCAUAUGGACAGAGAGGACUGAGGGGUCGCGGCGCCUCUCUUUAACUGGAGCAGUUGGAGCAUGCUCAUCACAGCCUUCUUCAAACUCCUAAUCCCACUUAAUCCAGGGUCUUCUAAUCCCAGAGCCAAGAAGCACAGACACUCUCUCAACUUUGUCUUUAGAUGUCUUUUUCAUUUCCUUUCAGCACAAUUUACCCAAAGUCUUAAUUUCCAAUAAGUGAAUCUUGUACAAAUGCAAACAGGUAAUCUGGACACCUGAACUCAUCAGGAUUAUGGUUUAUAUUCUUCAUACAGUCAUAAAAUGUGGGUUUAACACAGCGACUUAUGCUAAAAUGCCAACAAUCACAACAGGCUGAGGAAAAAAAGCACAAAAACGUUGCGUCUGGUUUGCGGACUACCUAAAAAUGAGCUGGAAUUGUACAGCAGGGACCCUGUAACCUGAUGGUGUGUGUUUCCUGCUGGGUCCCGCCUUUCUUUUCCCCGUGUCUAUCUCUCUAAAAUAUCAGCAACAUUCAGAAGCCCGUCACUGGUGUUGUUGUCCCGACAAGUAGGGUUAGAGAUCCUAACCGGUGAACUUGUUUGUGCUGCUGUAAAACCAAGAGGUGAUGUAAAUUGUGUCUGUUUGUUCCUGUGAGAAUGACUUUUGUAAGAAAAAAAAAACAGGUAAAAAGGGGAGGAAGAACAAGAAAACCUGGGGAAGCUGGCUCGGUUUUGUUUCAGUGGUUCCCAUGAAAAAUGAACUCAGAGCUCGAAGCUGGAACUUCCAUAUUUUUUAAUAUUCCUGUAUUUGUUUUUGUUUAUUGCCUGUUUCUUUUUCUUUUUUUUUUUGCUGACUUAUUCAAGAUAAUCAGCACCUUGCACUGCCCUCCCUCCAUCUUCCUCCUUCCCUCAUCUGUCCACUUCUUCUCCUUCCCUGCACAGUUCUGCAUCUUUUCCCCCUCUCCUCUCUUUUGUUGUGCAGCCCAAACGUUUUCUAUGUGGUUAUCGGACAUUUCCAGACUGAAAAGCUGUUUAUAAAUAACAUUAAACAGAUUGUGUCCUCAA